AUGAGCCCGUCUGGGAGAGCGGCAGGCGUUCGAUGGGCCGCAGCUCCCCGGGGGGCUGAUUUCGUACCGCCACCACGGCUGUCAUUUCAUGCCCGGAAUUGCCCUAGUCCCACUUUUCCCCAUUUUCUUUUUGCAGACAGCGGAUCAGGAGCAGCGCUGGUCCCCGCCAGCCCUGACCCUCUCACCGCAGACGAGCUGGUGGACAAGACGGUCGGUGGAGCUGGGGAGCUGGGGCACGCCACGGCCCUCAACCUGCUGCCGGCCACAGAGGAGGGCACUGAGCCGGCGGCAGAGACGACGCUGCUGGUGCGGAGCCACAUCCCACCAACGCCCACCACCGCCCCCAACGCUGAUGCGAAACAAACUUUCCCCGUUAAGAAAAAGCCACCAACUCUAAAGCAAGUAAAUACAGCAAGGAAGCACCCAAGGCCCAAGCCCACCCAGGCGGGGCCCCCCCGGGCUGCCUCCCCGGCCAGCCCGCUGGGCUCUGGGCUCCCCACUGCCUCCCAAGAGCUGCGCACGCCGGCAGAGGCAGCAGCCGGGGUGGGGGAUGUGGAGCAGAGCCCCCCCGAGCUGCCCUGGGGGAGCCAGGCCACCACCAGCCACCCCGUGCUGCAGAUCUCCCCGUCCACCCUGCCGCCGGCGGCCCCUCGGCCCUUCCCCGACAGCCUGGGCGAUGCCGCCGACGCUCCGACCGUGGCUCCCACCGGUGCCGCCGUCAGCCGGACGAACGGCGCGGAGAGGGAGGUGUACAGCUCCGAGUCGGAGGAGAGCCAAGAAACCACCACGUCCACCAUCGUCACCACCACCAUCACCACCACGGAGCCCACGCCGGUCCUCUGCAGCAUGAGCUUCCACGACCCCGAGGGCUACAUCGACUCCACAGACUACCCCCCGCUGCCCCUGCACAGCUACCUGGAGUGCACCUACAACGUCACCGUCUACACGGGCUACGGCGUCGAGCUCCAGGUGAAGAGCGUGAACCUGUCUGACGGGGAGGUGCUCUCCAUCCGCGGCGUGGACGGCGAUGCCCUCGUGGUCCUGGCCAACCAGACCCUGCUGGUGGAGGGCCAGGUGAUCCGCAGCCCCACCAACACCAUCUCCGUCUACUUCCGCACCUUCCAGGACGAGGUGGUGGGCACCUUCCAGCUCCACUACCAGGUGUUUAUGCUGAGCUGCAACUUUCCACGGAGACCUGACUUCGGAGAUGUCACCGUGAUGGAUUUGCACUCGGGUGGAAUUGCUCAUUUUCACUGUCACCUGGGCUACGAGCUGCAGGGUCCCAGGGUGCUGACCUGCAUCAACGCGUCGAGGCCGCACUGGAGCAGCCCAGAGCCCAUCUGCUCAGCACCCUGCGGCGGGACCGUCCGCAACGCCACCAUCGGCCGCGUCCUCUCGCCCAGCUACGCCGGGAACCACUCGGGCAGCAUGUACUGCGUGUGGGCCAUCGGGGCCCCCCCGGGCCAGAAGCUGCACCUACACUUCGAGAAGCUUCUGCUGACCGACAAGGACAGGCCAGCACCUCUCCUGGCUGCAGAGGUGUCCCGCAACGACUCCUGCUCCGACCUGCCCGAGAUCCAGAACGGCUGGAAGACGACGUCGCACACGGAGCUGGUGCGAGGGGCCAAGAUCACCUACCAGUGUGACCCGGGCUACGACAUCGUGGGCAGUGACACCCUCACCUGCCAGUGGGACCUCAGCUGGAGCAGCGACCCCCCCUUCUGCGAAAAGAUUAUGUACUGCACGGACCCGGGGGAGGUGGAGCACUCGACCCGGCUCAUCUCGGACCCGGUGCUGCUGGUGGGCACCACCAUUCAGUACACGUGCAACCCCGGCUUCGUGCUGGAGGGCAGCUCGCUGCUGACCUGCUACAGCCGCGAGACAGGGACGCCCAUCUGGACCUCGCGGCUCCCGCACUGCGUCUCCGAGGAGUCGCUGGCCUGCGAUAACCCAGGACUGCCGGAAAACGGCUACCAAAUACUUUAUAAGCGCCUCUACUUGCCAGGAGAGUCCCUGACCUUCAUGUGCUAUGAGGGCUUUGAACUCAUGGGGGAGGUCACCAUCAAAUGCAUCCUGGGCCAGCCGUCCCACUGGAGCGGACCCCUGCCCAUCUGCAAAGUGAACCAGGACAGCUUUGAACACGCUCUGGAAGUAGCAGAAGCUGCUGCAGAGACGUCGCUCGAGGGGGGAAAUAUGGCCUUAGCCAUAUUCAUCCCGGUGCUGAUCAUCUCCUUGCUGCUGGGAGGAGCGUACAUCUAUCUCACAAGGUGUCGGUACUACUCCAGCCUCCGCCUGCCCCUCAUGUACUCCCACCCCUACAGCCAGAUCACGGUAGAAACGGAGUUCGACAACCCGAUUUAUGAGACAGGGGAAACGAGAGAAUACGAAGUCUCGAUAUAAGGACAGCGGUAAGAGAGUCUCCGGCUGCGAACUUAAUGUGCUCUCAUAGAACUUCCUCAGUAACUAAUCCAGAGACCACGUGGAGUUUGGUUGGACCCCUGGACCUGCUGUUGUCUUUCCUUUUGCCUCUUUAUUGAAGAUUUUACUGUUUUCUUCACUGUAUUUAUUCUAUUUAAACUGCGAUAGGUGUGCUGCGGAGCUCUGGGCGCAGGCAGCAGCGGGAGUCGGGGCAGAGCCGGGUCCCGGCGAGGCCAGGGCAGCACGGGGGCACCCACUGUCCCCCCCCCUGCACGGCAGCGCGUCCCCCAGCACUGCCCACGCACACGCAGGGGGAUUUCUGCGGUUCUGAUGUUGUUAAAAAUUAAAAAUGUCUCCAUC